AUGUGGGAUAGGAAUGGAUUCUCCACCGACAGGUACUUCAUUUGUGGAACUGCUGGACAUUGUGACCAAGGAAUUGACACCGUCGCAGCUUCUGCACCACCACCGGCCACCCCCUUGGCCCCUUCCUCGGCCACUCCCUUGGCUCCUGCUGAUGUUUUUAUGAAGGGAUCCAUGAUGGGACCUCACUGGAACCCAAGGGCUACAGAAAUUGCAGUAGUCCUGCAAGGUCAGGGAAUGAUUCGGGUUGUUUGUUCUAGUAUUUCAAGUGAAACCGAGUGCAAAAACGCUAGGUUGAAGGUUGAAGAAGGUGAUGUAUUUGCUGUUCCAAGAUUCUAUCUGAUGGCUCAAAUGGCUUUCAACAAUGGUACAUUUGUUUUCAUGGGAUUUAGUACUUUGGCAAAGAAGAACCAUCCUCAAUUUUUAGCAGGAAAGGCUUCAAUCCUCCGGACUCUAGACAAAGAGGUGUUGGCAGCAUCAUUUAACAUUGACAAUACUACUUUGGAUCGGCUUUUGGCUCCACAACGUGAAUCAGUUAUCUUGGAUUGUACAUCAUGUGCCAAGGAAGAAUUAAGGUUGUUGAUGGAAGAGAUAGAAAAGGAAAAGGAAAAGGAAGCAGGGAAGGAAAGAGACAGGAGGAAGCAAGGAAAAAGGCAGAAGAAAAGAGGAGGGAGGAAGAGGAAGGGGCUGUUUGGGAUAAAAUUUAAUUUUAAGCUCUACUAA